AUGGAGAGGCCCCUCACAGGCCUGCCGGUGAGCCUGCGCCACCCCAUGACCGGCCUGGCCGCCUUCACCAACAGCCCACUGAGGCUGCAGUACGACACCCGCCCACUGCUGGUCAACCAGGGGCAAGACGCCCACCUCCAGCUGAAGCUCCCCUGCCUCUCCCGCUGACACCUGUACCUGGAGCCUUACCUGGAGAAGGGCAGCUCUCUGCUGACCUUCUGCCUCAAGGCCCUGAGCCACAGGGGCUGCACGUGGGUCAACGGGCAUACACUCAGGUACCUGGGGCAGGUCCCCCUGAGCGCUGUCAAAGUCGCCUUCUCUGGAGUCCAGAUGGUGAUCCACAUAGAGGGAGGCAUCUCCCUUGAGGUUUGCUGCUUCCAUCUCAGCCCAUUGCCUCUGAUUUACAGGCUGAGGAGACUGAUGAAUAUGAAAAUACGCCCCCCCCCGCCCCCCGCAGUGGCCUCCCUCGUGUUCAGGGGAGCGGACUCCAGUCAUCUGGGGUUUCUCCAAGGCCCUUCUCAGACUUGGGAUAGCUCUUCCCAGCCAAACUCUGGAAGAAGAACAGAAAUACAACUCCAGAGGGAGCCCCCAGACAGCGCACUCUGCUAG